AUGUCGACUACAGAAACAGAUACGAAUACUGACAAUACACAAGACCCAGUAGAAACAAACCUUAUACGCAUGUUUAGAGAGAUGCAGACAAAUUUAAUGUCGCAGUUUGCAGCUCAAGUUGUAGAAAAUGUUGCGUCACAAAUGCAAGCUCACACAGAAAAUGUUGCAGCUCAGAUAGGUACUGUUAACAAUCGAGUAGAAAAUGUUGCAGCACAAAUGCAAGCUCACACAGACAAUGUCACAGCGCAGAUAAACGCUGUCACUACCCAGAUAGCCAGUGUAACGACACAAAUGGACAAAAUAGACAAUGACGUGAAGAACCUGACCGACAUGCAAAAUAAUCUGACGACUCAACUGACCCAGUUAAAAAGAGAGGUAGCAGAUCAAGUGAUAGAGGUAGUACGCGAAGAUUUAAAUUACAUGAGCCAAAACAUUGAUAACUUAAAGUCCACAGUUAAGGAUAUGCCAGAACAGAUCCGUACCUUAACCGAAAAUUUUGAAGCUAUGAGUUUUCAACAGACCGAGCUUAGUGUCAAAAUGCAGGAGGCUGUAGACCAAGUUGAUGACAUGACGAAACAACAAAAACAGCAGUUUGACGAAUUUUUAGAGGAAAAAGACAAACAUAUCAACCAUACAUUAGAAACAGAACUGAAAAAAGCAAUAACUAACACUGUAGAACAGGUGUACACUACCCAAAACACGUCUGUAACUAAACUUCAAACUGACCUAGCUCAGUUACAAAAGACUCUGACACAGGACUUACCUGACUGGAAAAAACAUGUAGACGAGCAACUAAAGAGUAAACACCAUACACAGAACGAAAGAGAACAACAUUCAGAAGAGGAAUUUGAUGACAGACGCACAGCUUGUGGAACAGGCUCUUCUCUGCUGCAGAUGGGUUGGAGGAGAUACUGGACAGCGUGCUGUCCUUGUUUCGGCCGAAGGAAGACGAUGCAGGGGCAUCGACGGCUGGUCGAGUUGGAGCAGGUCACCAAAGCUCCGAAGAUGUUGUGGGUCGAACAUCUGCAUUCGCAGGCGGCAGCUGGAGAGUGCACUGGGCUUUUACGUGAUGAUCUGGAGUGGACUCGCCAACACCAUCCCGCUCAGAGAAGAAGACUAGAUGAGAAAACAGAUCAGCUCGAGACAAUUGCCGUGCCUCCAGCAUCAGAACCCGCGACUACUGCCGAAUCCCUAUCUGAGCCCCCCGAUAUGCAGUUAGAGAUGGGUGCUAGCCCACCAGCACCCUCAGUGGCAUCUCUUGCAGACUGGCAUGACAAGCCAGCGGAUGAGGAAUUAGAGAGUUAUGCUGAGCCACCACCUGACUCAGUAGAAAGUACUGCACAAUGGCCUGAUGAGCCCUAUAACGAGAAGUUGGAAAGAGAUUCUGAGCCACCACCAGACUCAGUAGAAAGUACUGCACAAUGGCCUGAUGAGCCCUAUAAUGAGAAGUUGGAAAGAGAUUCUGAGCCGCCACCUGACUCAGUAGAAAGUACUGCACAAUGGCCUGAUGAGCCCUAUAAUGAGAAGUUGGAAAGAGAUUCUGAGCCGCCACCAGACUCAGUAGAAAGUACUGCACAAUGGCCUGAUGAGCCCUAUAACGAGAAGUUGGAAAGAGAUUCUGAGCUGCCACCAGACUCAGUAGAAAGUACUGCACAAUGGCCUGAUGAGCCCUAUAACGAGAAGUUGGAAAGAGAAUCUGAGCCGCCACCAGACUCAGUAGAAAGUACUGCACAGUGGCCUGAUGAGCCCCAUAACGAGAAGUUGGAAAGAGAAUCUGAGCCACCACCUGACUCAGUAGAAAGUACUGCACAAUGGCCUGAUGAGCCCUAUAAUGAGAAGUUGGAAAGAGAUUCUGAGCCGCCACCAGACUCAGUAGAAAGUACUGCACAAUGGCUUGAUGAGCCCUAUAACGAGAAGUUGGAAAGAGAUUCUGAGCCGCCACCAGACUCAGUAGAAAGUACUGCACAAUGGCCUGAUGAGCCCUAUAACGAGAAGCUGGAAAGAGAUCCUGAGCCGCCACCAGACUCAGUAGAAAGUACUGCACAAUGGCCUGAUGAGCCCUAUAACGAGAAGUUGGAAAGAGAUUCUGAGCCGCCACCAGACUCAGUAGAAAGUACUGCACAAUGGCCUGAUGAGCCCUAUAACGAGAAGUUGGAAAGAGAUUCUGAGCCGCCACCAGACUCAGUAGAAAGUACUGCACAGUGGCCUGAUGAGCCCCAUAACGAGAAGUUGGAAAGAGAAUCUGAGCCACCACCUGACUCAGUAGAAAGUACUGCACAAUGGCCUGAUGAGCCCUAUAAUGAGAAGUUGGAAAGAGAUUCUGAGCCGCCAUCAGACUCAGUAGAAAGUACUGCACAAUGGCUUGAUGAGCCCUAUAACGAGAAGUUGGAAAGAGAUUCUGAGCCGCGACCAGACUCAGUAGAAAGUACUGCACAAUGGCCUGAUGAGCCCUAUAACGAGAAGUUGGAAAGAGAUUCUGAGCCGCCACCAGACUCAGUAGAAAGUACUGCACAAUGGCCUGAUGAGCCCUAUAACGAGAAGUUGGAAAGAGAUUCUGAGCCGCCACCAGACUCAGUAGAAAGUACUGCACAAUGGCCUGAUGAGCCCUAUAACGAGAAGUUGGAAAGAGAUUCUGAGCCGCCACCAGACUCAGUACAAAGUACUGCACAAUGGCCUGAUGAGCCCUAUAACGAGAAGUUGGAAAGAGAUUCUGAGCCGCCACCAGACUCAGUAGAAAGUACUGCACAAUGGCCUGAUGAGCCCUAUAACGAGAAGUUGGAAAGAGAUUCUGAGCCGCCAUCAGACUCAGUAGAAAGUACUGCACAAUGGCCUGAUGAGCCCUAUAACGAGAAGUUGGAAACAGAUUCUGAGCCGCCACCAGACUCAGUAGAAAGUACUGCACAAUGGCCUGAUGAGCCCUAUAACGAGAAGUUGGAAAGAGAUUCUGAGCCGCCACCAGACUCAUUGGAAAGAGAUUCUGAGCCGCCACCAGACUCAGUACAAAGUACUGCACAAUGGCCUGAUGAGCCCUAUAACGAGAAGUUGGAAAGAGAUUCUGAGCCGCCACCAGACUCAGUAGAAAGUACUGCACAAUGGCCUGAUGAGCCCUAUAACGAGAAGUUGGAAAGAGAUUCUGAGCCGCCAUCAGACUCAGUAGAAAGUACUGCACAAUGGCCUGAUGAGCCCUAUAACGAGAAGUUGGAAAGAGAUUCUGAGCCGCCACCAGACUCAGUAGAAAGUACUGCACAAUGGCCUGAUGAGCCCUAUAACGAGAAGUUGGAAAGAGUUUCUGAGCAGCCACCAGACUCAGUAGAAAGUACUGCACAAUGGCCUGAUGAGCCCUAUUACGAGAAGUUGGAAAGACAUUCUGAGCCGCGACCAGACUCAGUAGGAAGUACUGCACAAUGGCCUGUUGAGCCCUAUAACGAGAAGUUGGAAAGAGUUUCUGAGCCCCAACCAGACUCAGUAGAAAGUACUGCACAAUGGCCUGAUGAGCCCUAUAAUGAGAAGAUGGAAAGAGAUUCUGAGCCGCCACCAGACUCAGUAGAAAGUACUGCACAAUGGCCUGAUGAGCCCUAUAACGAGAAGUUGGAAAGAGAUUCUGAGCCACCACCAGACUCAGCAGAAAGUACUGCACAAUGGCCUGAUGAGCCCUCUAAUGAGAAGUUGGAUAUACAUGAUGAGCCCUCCAAUAAGGAAUGUUUGGCAACCACCUCUAUCUUUGCAGAAUAUUGUCGUUUGAGAGCAUCUCUUAGUGUUGGCCUUAUGAAAGUAAUGCCCUUAAAAACAGGACCAUUUCCGAUCAAAACAGCCUUUAUCGUUACAGGCCCACCGAAGAAAAGGGCCUUUACUGAACGGAAGGUGUGUCCUAUUAAGGCAGCCUUCAUAGUCACAGGGCCUCCAAAGAUAAGAGCAUUUACUCCAAAGAAGGUCUGA